AUGGAAUGUGAUUAUCAAAAAGAUUAUAUUGAGAAAAUAUGUAUUCUACAAUAUGAUAUAUUACUUAAGGACAAUCAAUCAGCUUUAAAUGAAUAUAUUGAUUUUUGUUCGACUCGACAAAUUUUAUCAAUUUUUGAUUUUAAUAACAAUCAAUUACAUCUUUUCGGUAGUUCCAUUUCAACUAAAGAAGCUGAAAAACGAUUCUUCGAUUUGCAAAAUGAAUUAUUGAUCGAAAAUAUAAAAGCACGAAAAAUUGAUGGCAUUCUAUGGUGGUAUGAAGCAUGGGAUGCUACAUGGCAGCAAUACAAUUUUAAUCUAACUUCCAAUAUAGAAUAUCAUUACAAAACCAAUAUAUCAUCUGUUAUGCUUUUGAAUGAGUUAGGUGAACGAGUAAAAAUUGAUUUUCAUAAACUUGAAGAAAUUUAUGGUACACGUAUAAAACGUAUCCGUCGAUCGAAAAUUGAUGAAUUUCAACCUAUUCACUGGAAACUCACUCCUUUAAAUAUAGAACGAUGUUUACUUGAUUCUGAAUCAAAUGAAUAUGUUUGGAUAAAAGAUAAUUUUGAUACAAAAAUGAAAGGACAUUAUACAACAUUCAUAACUAUUGAACGUAUUCAAAAUACGAGAUUGUUUAAACAAUUUUCUAUAUUACAUGAAGAAUAUUUGACUAAAUAUGGCAAAGUUGAUAAUGGAACUAUGCGUUUUUUAUAUCAUGGUUGUCCUGAAUCAGCUUCGACAAAAAUUAUUGCACGAGGUUUUAAUCGUAGUUAUUGUGGUGUUAAUGGAUGUGUCUAUGGACGAGGAGUCUAUUUCUCAACCGAUGCUAGCUACUCAGAUAAAUAUGCAAAUCUGAAUGAAAAAAAGGAAAAACGUAUGUUUUAUAGUCGUGUUCUAAUAGGUCGAAUUGGUAAUUCCACAAUGUGUGAGCCAGAAGAUGGAUACGAUACGACAACUAACGGAACUCAUAUCUUUGUAUGCUAUUACGAUAGUCAGUGCUAUCCAGAAUAUCUUCUAACUUAUAUGUGA